AUAUAAUCAACUUCACCAAACGCUUGAACUUAGAUCAUCGCUGAUUUAAGCUCAAGAGAAGUUGUUACUUUCUCACAUGGAUACUAAAAUCUUUGUUUUUCCCGCCUUAUUGGCCCUCAAGUCUCUCCUCUUGUUCACUCUCUGUAACGCAGUUGUGCAUGGCGCAACAACUUCAAUUUGUAACCAGACACCUUACCCCGAACUAUGCAAUUCAUUCAUGGUCACCACCACAACCUCAAACGAAAACCAGUUCACCGGGCUCCGUGAGUCCGCCAUUUCUGCCACAUUGGAUCGAGCCAAGCAGACGUAUGAUGCCAUAUCAGCCAUGGACGUUGGCUCGUUCGAGGCUCGAGCCAAGUCGGCUUGGGCCGAUUGUCUGGAGCUUUACGAGGACAGUGUUCACCAGAUUAACCGUUCUUUAAACUCCGAUAAUUCGAAAAAUGAAAACGAUAUUCAGACAUGGCUUAGUGCAGCUCUCACUGAUCACCAAACAUGCAAAAAUGGUUUUCUUGAUUUUAACCUCAAUUCUUAUCUCAAUUCUUUCCCUUUCGCCGAAACUAAUAUUUCCAAGUUUCUCAGUAACUCUCUUGCCAUACAUAAGGCCACUGCCGCAACCUCAUUAUCGAAUGUGAAAAAUAUCAAAGGCCGUCGUUUGCUGAAUGACAACGAAUUCCCCGAAUGGUUGACGGCAGCUGACAGGAGGCUUCUUCAGGCUGCACCGGAGGCUGAUUUGGUGGUGGCACAAGAUGGUUCCGGUGAUUACACCACUAUUUCGGAAGCAGUGGCGUCUUCAGCUCAGAAAAGUGGCUCUGGUCGAUUUGUUAUAUACGUGAAAAGUGGUGUGUACAAAGAGAAUGUUGAGAUCACGAUGAAAAACUUGAUGCUUGUUGGCGAUGGAAUGGAUGCCACCGUUGUUACGGGCAGUAAAAACUCUCAAGAUGGUAUCACAACCUUUAAAACGGCAACUUUUGCUACCACAGGGGAUGGAUUUAUCGCCAUGGACAUGACAUUCGAAAACACAGCCGGACCACAAAAACAUCAAGCAGUUGCACUGAGGUCCGGCGCCGAUUUCUCGGUUUUCUAUCGGUGCAGUUUCAAAGGAUAUCAAGACACACUCUACGUGUUUUCUCUACGUCAAUUCUACCGUAACUGCGACAUAUACGGUACCAUAGAUUUCAUUUUCGGUAACGCGGUCGCGGUCAUGCAAAGCUGUAACAUCUACGUACGAAAGCCCAUGAGCAAUCAAUUCAACACGGUGACCGCUCAACACCGAUCCGAUCCCAAUGAAAAUACCGGAAUAAUAAUACAGAAUUCAGUUGUCACCCCGGCCUCGGAUUUGGAGCCCGAGCAAGGCUCGUUCAAGACUUAUCUUGGCCGUCCUUGGGGCGAAUAUUCGAGGACGGUAGUGAUGAAAAGUUCUUUAGAUGGUUUUAUUAGUCCGCAAGGUUGGUUUCCAUGGGAUGGAGAUUUUGCAUUGAGUACAUUGUACUAUGGAGAGUAUAUGAACACGGGAAGUGGUGCGAGUACUAGCGGAAGGGUGAAAUGGCCGGGGUACCAUGUUAUAACAAGUGCGGCGGAGGCCGGAAAAUUCUCGGUAGGGAACUUUUUGAACGGAAAUUCGUGGAUUCCGGCGACCGGAGUGCCAUUCUCUUCGGGACUGUGAGUUUAGUUGGGGGAUAUAGUGAUGAUUGUAGAUGUAUAAUGAGCUGUUGCUUGUGGUUUACUUAUCUAUACAGGGAAUUUGUGUAAUAUAAAUAUUUAAAUUGCAAUUGAAUAUAUACGAAGUUGGUCUAAUUUUUUUGAAA